UCAGUCUGGACAUGGCGUCGCUGCACCGACACCGGAUGAAUCUGCACCUCUCCGUGGGAAUCUGCCAGUGGAGCACCGGGACGGCACCUCUUGGUUAUUGUCGCUGUUGUUAUUACUAACAGGGGGAUCAUACAUGGCGAUGGAGGACGAGGAUAAUAACGCAGCGGUCGUGGCGACUAACACCCAAACGGGUAUCAUCAAGAAAGGAGGUGAUGUCGGAGAUAACGGGGCUUGCAUCGACAGGCAGCCGGACACGGUGGUACACCGAGCGGGGCUGAAUCAGACUGCAGGUCGCGGAGGAGGCAGCCGCAGUGGUCAUGCUGGAGCUCAUGCUGCGACGGGGAUCCGCGUGCUAAAGCGCAACAUGAAGCGGAAUGGGAGUCGUGGCUGUGUGACGAGAAAGACCAGAUUUGGAUCAAGAGAGCGGGACUGGCUAAAGGGGGACACCCAGCGGGGCUGUGUGUGUCUGUAUGGGGGGACAGUGGACCCCCAGACGCCUGCCUCUGGCCCACAGACCUCCUCCACCCCUCAGACAGACCUGCAGUUGGUGCUCUGCUCCACCAGUACCACAGUGGAGGACCUGUGUGCUCAGAGGGACGGACAGGGACUCUAUGUUCAGCUGCAUGGAGACCUAGUCAGGAGGCUGGACCCCUCUGAGCGUCCGCUCCAGAUGCUGUAUGACUACCUGGCAGCUAUGGGCUACGCAGAGCCUGUACGAGUGCAGCAAGAAGCAGCCAACUCCGACCUCAGCUGUUUGAUCCGUUUCUACAGUGAGCGUCCAGUGAAUGCAGACCAGCAGGAGCGGACCCUGCUGAAAGGCGUAUUCAGCGUCAGGAAGGGCAAGUCGCAGCUGCACAAGUGGGCAGAGCGGCAGGUCAUCCUCUGCGGCACCUGUCUAAUCGUGGCCUCCGUCAAAGACAGCCUGACUGGGAAGAUGCACAUCCUGCCCCUGGUGGGGGGAAAGGUGGAGGAGGUGAAGCGGAGGCAGCACUGUCUGAUGUUCAGCUCCGCCGGAUCACAGGCCCAGACAUACUUUGUCAACUUUGACACGCUCGCAGACUACCAGCGAUGGCAUCGGCAGGCAUCAAAAGUGGUGUCUCAGACAGUCAGCCUGGUGGACCUGUCCUGCUACAGUCUGGAAGCAGUGCCUGAAUAUCUAUUUUACAGUCAGGAUAUCACCCACCUCAACCUGAGACACAACUUCAUGAGCCUUCAGGGGCCUGGAGGCCUGCUCAACCUCCCCAGGUUUUCUCAGCUGAAGAGCCUGAACUUGUCUCACAACCGUCUGGGUGUGUUCCCUGAAAUUGUGUGUGAGAUCCUCACCGUGACUGAACUCAACCUGUCCUGUAAUAAUCUCCACACCGUCCCUGUACAGAUAGGCAACCUUCAAAGCCUGCAGACGCUGUCUUUGGAUGGAAACCACCUCAGCUCCCUGCCUGAAGAGCUGGGUGGCCUGUCCCAGCUCAACAGCCUGGGGCUCUCCUUCAACAACUUCUCUCACAUCCCUGCUGUGCUGGAGAGGUUGAGCGCAGUGGACAAGCUGGCCAUGGCUGGGAACAGAGUGGAGAGUCUGGAGUUGUGUACUCUGGCCAGAAUGAGCCACCUGAAAAACAUCGACCUCCGAUUGAAUCGGCUGCACUGGAUGAAAAGUGAGAGUCUGGAGGCAGUGAGCCAGGUGACCCAGCUGGACUUACGGGACAAUUGCUUGGACUCACUAGACCUGAGCUCCGUCUGCAACCUGGAGACUCUACAUUGCCAGCGCAACCAGCUGGGGACACUCACACUCAGCGGUUUCACACUGCGCAUGCUUCAUGCCGGCAGCAACCGCCUUUCAACAGUCAACAUCUAUCCAGUCCCCAACCAGCUGACACACAUGGACCUAUCACAGAACCUUUUGGAGUACCUUCCGGACUGGGUGUGUGACUGCAGAAAAAUUGAGAUGCUGGACGUCACGCACAACCUCCUGUCUGAGCUUCCUUCCAGACUGCUCAACAGCUUGAGUUUGAGAAAGCUGCUGGCGGGGAACAAUCGUUUGCAGAGAGUGCCUGACCUACUUGACCACAUCCCUCUGGAAGCCCUAGACCUCCAGCACAACAAGUUAGCCGAGCUCCCUGAGAGUCUGUUUUUCAAGGCCUUAAACCUAAAAUACUUAAAUGUGUCAGCCAAUGCCCUGGAAAGUAUUCCUUCCAGCAGCCCAUCAGAGGAGAGCCUCAGCACACUCCAGGAGCUCUACCUGACGGGGAACAACCUGAAUGAGAACUGCGGUGCUCUGCUGGUUGGACACCAGAACCUGCGGGUCCUUCACAUCGCCUACAACCAGUUGCUCUCCUUCCCUGCCAGUAAGCUGAGUAAACUGGAGCUGCUGGAGGAGCUAAAUCUAAGUGGCAACAAGCUAAAGACGAUCCCCUCCACUGUGUCCAGCUGUAAAAGACUGCACACCCUCAUAGCACACUCCAACCACAUUACUGUCUUCCCAGAGAUCCUCAACCUGCCUGAGAUCAAGCUUGUAGAUCUAAGCUGUAAUGAGCUGACUGAGAUCCAGCUGCCCGACUCGCUGCCGGCCACUCUGCAAGAGCUGGACCUGACAGGCAACAGCAGCUUGAUGCUGGAACACAAAACCCUCAACCUCUUCAGUCACAUCACCACCCUGAAAUUAGACCAGAAAUCCACCACGACAGCAGGAGACUCACAGAGUGCCUCCACUCCAUGGAAGCACGGUUACUCUGAAAUGAGCGGCCAGAGGAACAAGUUGUGUGUGUCUGUGCUGGCUGUAGACCGGUUCGGAGACGGUGUGGAAGCAUGUUAUGGCAUCUUUGACGGAGACCGCAAUGAGGAAGUGCCCCGGCUGCUGCAGUGCACUAUGGGAGAUGUGCUGUGCGAGGAACUGCAGCACUCCAGUAUUGACAAUGUGUAUAUGUGCAACACUUUCAUCACCUCACACAGGAAACUAGGAAUGGCCGGCCAGAAACUGGGCGCUUCUGCCUUGCUGUGUUAUAUUCACCAUGAGCCUUCGGAUCCAGGAGGCUCCUUCAGCCUCACUGUGGCCAAUGUGGGCACCUGCCAGGCAGUGUUGUGCCGGGAUGGCCGACCUGUACCUCUAUCCAAGGUUUACAGCUUGGAGAACUGCACUGAGGAGAUGGAGAGAGUUAAACUCAGUAAAGCCAUUAUUACAGAGGAUAACAAAGUGAGUGGAGUGACAUGCUGCUCUCGCCUGCUGGGCUGUUCUUAUCUGUCUCCCUGGGUGCUUCCAAAGCCCUGGGUGCACACUGAGCCUCUCUGUUCCCAGGAUGAGUUCUUGAUCCUGGGGAAUCGAGCGCUGUUUGAACGAGUCUCCUACCAGGAGGCGGUGUGCACUGUACAGGCUGUGCGGGAUCCUCGCGCCGCUGCCAAGAAGCUGUGUUCACUUGCUCAGAGCUAUGGUUGCAAGGACAACAUCGAGGCUGCAGUGGUAUCCCUGCAUAUCGGUGAGGACAGCUGUACCUGUGAGCCACCUGUCUCCACCACUGAGCCCCGGGGUCCCCCUCCCGCCCCUGUGCCUGUCCCUGUGACCGUGACCCCAGGCCCCAGUGAGCCAGUCACCCUUUCAUCCAGCAGUGGUAUUGUCUCAGAGUUUAACAGUGAGACAUCAGCCUCAGAGGUGGGCAGCGAGGCGGGGUCCACCGCUUCAGACGAGCACCCGUCCUCUGGCCCUGCAUCCCGCCCUGAGAGACGCUGUAGCCUACACCCUGCUACUACACUGUGUGGGAUCAUGGUGCCAGGCUCAGUCGGGGCAGGAACCCACCCAGGCCUCUUCCAGAGGCAGCCCUCCUCUGCUACAUUCUCGAGUAACCACUCUGACAACGGCUUGGACAGCGAUGACGAAGCUCCGCUCGAGGGUGUGAUCUCCAAUGGCAGCAAGUUAGAAGUGGAGGUCGACAUUCACUGCUGUGCUUUCCAACUACGGUCAGGGGCCCCUGAGAGCCCCAAAGACUUGAACCUUGAAAAGCGAGGCUCUGACUAUCCCAACGGUAAAAUGCGCAGACAGAACAGCGUGGUGGUUUCUGCUACGAACGGCUGCCUGCUGGCUGUAUGUGGGAGAGAGAUUGCAGACCUCAAAAAGUCUCCUUCCACAUGCAGCCUGUUUGGGAAAAAGCUGUCCAAUGGCUCCGUGGUAGCCCCCGAGGACAGUCAUAAUCUCAUCGAGGUGGCCCUGGAGGCUCCGAAGAAGAAAUCUGGCUACUUCACUGCCCCAGCACAGCAGGACCCCGAGGACCAGCUCAUUGUGCCUCCUAGUCUGGAGCAGGAAGUCAGGGAGCAGCUAAGAGGCCAGAACCCUCUAGUCUCAGGCCCCCCAUUACCAUCCAUACCCCCUUCCUUAAAAGACCCCGUGUGGGAUCAUCCACACCCCCCUGCAUUUGCCUCCAACCUGGUCCCAUGUCCAGGCCCUGUCCCCAUCCUACAGCAGGAAGUCUACGAUACCGCCCUCUAGAGGGGGUACACAGCACAGCGCCAUGUGGCUGGAGUAAUGUGAUCGUGCCAUUCCAGGGAAGAAGAGGAGAUUUUUUCUCAUACAUGGGGGGAUAUUCCAAUUCAAGUUGCCAUUCAGAUCUUUUGUGAGGACAAGACAAACCUGUGGGACCUUGAUAGUCACUAAGUGAUACUGCGCCAUUAAUGUGAGGUAAAAAAAGAAAUGGCCUGAGUAUCAAAGAAAAUAGGAGUGACUAAAAAAUCCCAGUUCAUAACAUGACGUUAUGAAAAAGACGGCUGGCUGUCAUAGACCAAAACAAGCCUGAUGGGAUACCUCAUGUGUUCAAACAUGUCAGCAACAUUUCCCUUUACUUGGAAAGCAAGCAAUCUAGAGGGUGUGUGUACGGGAGAUUGUGUUCAGUGAGGUCAAACCUCCUCUCCGUGGGCUCCGUGGUCUCUCAGGUCCUGGAGAGAAGCCCUGUGACUGAAACUUGAAAAAGUGCCUAAAGCAGACGACUCAGCCUAGAGCUCAGCCCCACGUCCAGGCUGUGUUUGGGGAUGUGAGCUUGUUAGUUAAAUUUCGGAGGAGGGACGGUGUCUCUAAGAGACCCGCACUGGCACAGCUUCUGCUCUCCUCCUCUUCCUGUGGCUUACAAAGGAAAUCAGACGGUAUAAACGCUUGUAAGGCACAUAGGACUAGAAGAUGUGAAGACAAAAUAACUGCAUUUAAAUCACCAGAAACGUUAUGGUUGGGUUUUAUUUUUUAACAUUCCCACACAAAUAUGUAUAGAUUCUUAUAUAGGAUAAAUUAAUUCUAUACAGUAUAGUACGCACUCACAACUAGCAGCCAAAUGACGUGGUGUGCUCGAGCUGCUGACACCAAGAUUGAAGAGUUUUGCCAUUUAGAGCAAUGCAUUUUGAAUAGCUGUCAAAAAUAAUAUCAAAGUCAUUCAACUGUACAGAGUGGAUGUGUUGUAGAGUUCAAAAACCCUUAUAAGAGUAUAAUCUGUGACAGUGCAUGAUCAAAUGAUCUACUUAAAAACUGCAUAGGAAAAUACAAGUUGAAUUAUUAAGUCAGAUUUAUGGUCAUUGGUUAGUGGACCCCAGGAUGUUUCAAUAUCAUUUUUCAUUUGAACAAACUAGUCAAAGGCACAAAAGUGAAUUAUUACACAGUGUACUGUUAAGAGAUGAAGGAUAUAAGCAGUAUUUGUAUGUACUGUAAGAUAUGUCCACUGGUACUAAGAUUGUACAUUUUAGUGUAUCCAAACUUUGGAGGCUGCUACCCUUUUAAAUGUGUAAACGUCCAUCCAUGUCCUUGUAGGCAGAUUUAGUUAUUGAUAUUUUUACAUCUUAGCAAAUCUUCUUUCAGCUUUGCUCUCUAAUGCACUGCCCACACAUCCAGAUGACUUUCAGGAUGUGUUAUUUUAGCCCAUUAUAAACAGAACCGAAACCCCAUAUUCUUGUAUUCUGUACGAUCGGGGCUGGGUAUACAAAAUGUCACAAAGUUUGACCCACAGUUCUACGUAUGUUCCAAGUAUGAGCAGAAAUUUGGGACAAAUAAACAAAUGAUGUCUUGCUAUAAUUUGAUAUAGUUCAGCAUACUGUAUAGGCCAUUUCCUGAUCAGGUGGCAGUACUUCUAUAGAGUUCAGAUCACACAGUUGAUAUAAAUAUUGAUUAUCAGUGCAGCAGCAGUAUGAGGUAUUGCAAUAAGAACGCACUGGUUUAGUCCCUUACUAUAAGUAAGUAAAGCAUUCCCCCAUUAAAGGAACAGUGUGUAACAUUUCGGGGGAUGUUUUAGCCGAAAUGGAAUAUAAUAGUCAUAAGUAUGUUUUCUUUAGUGUAUAAUCACCUGAAACUGAGAAUUGUUAUGUUU